UAUGGAUAAUUAAUUAAUUGAUGUAGAAAUUUAAAAACAAGUUAAAAUAAAAACUUCAAUUCUUUCCCGGCUACUGCGAUUCUCUACUUUACAUUUUCCGUUUUCCUCAGCAGUCAGCAGUGCCUUUUCACCACUUCUUGAGCUACAAAAUCAACAUAUCUCAUCCCACAGUCAAGGGAUUCAACGAUCAAGAUGGCUUUAUCCACAAAUCGGACGGUUAAUCAACUUCUAAAGCCUUUAACCGCCGCCAUCUCCGCUACCCGCUGCCUAUCAUCCGACUCCACCUCCAUCAUCACCGUCGAAAGCAGCCUCCCUUUCACCUCCCACAAGAUCGAUCCUCCAUCACGCGCCGUCGAAACCAGCCCUAAUGAACUCAUGACUUUCUUCAAAGACAUGGCGGAGAUGCGGCGUAUGGAGAUCGCCGCAGAUUCACUGUACAAAGCGAAACUCAUCCGCGGAUUCUGCCAUCUCUAUGACGGACAAGAAGCGGUUGCAGUAGGGAUGGAAGCUGCAAUUACAAAAAAGGAUUGUAUCAUUACGGCUUAUCGAGAUCACUGUAUAUACCUUGCCCGUGGUGGAGGGUUAUACGAGUCAUUUGCGGAGCUAAUGGGGAGAAAAGAUGGUUGUUCUAAAGGGAAAGGAGGUUCUAUGCAUUUCUAUAAGAAGGAGAGUGGAUUUUAUGGAGGUCAUGGAAUUGUAGGUGCUCAAGUUCCUCUAGGUAUUGGACUUUCUUUUGCGCAGAAAUAUUCCAAAGAAGAGCAUGUUACUUUUGCUAUGUAUGGUGAUGGCGCUGCUAAUCAAGGACAGUUGUUUGAAGGUUUGAAUAUGGCUGCUUUAUGGGAUUUGCCUGCUAUUCUAGUCUGCGAAAAUAAUCACUAUGGAAUGGGGACAGCAGAAUGGAGGGCUGCAAAGAGUCCAGCCUAUUACAAAAGAGGGGAUUAUGUUCCUGGUUUAAAGGUGGAUGGUAUGGAUGCCCUUGCUGUAAAACAAGCAUGCAAAUUUGCCAAGGAACAUGCCCUCAAGAAUGGACCAAUUAUUCUUGAAAUGGACACCUAUAGGUACCAUGGUCACUCGAUGUCUGAUCCUGGAAGCACAUACCGUACACGUGAUGAGAUUAGUGGUGUUCGACAGGAACGUGAUCCUAUUGAAAGAAUUAGGAAACUCAUAUUAGCCCAUGAUGUGGCCACUGAGAAGGAGCUGAAGGAUAUCGAGAAAGAAAAGAGGAAAGUGGUAGAUGAAGCCAUUGCUAAAGCAAAGGAGAGUCCCAUGCCUGAUCCUUCUGAUCUGUUCACUAAUGUAUAUGUGAAAGGGUUUGGAGUUGAGGUCUUUGGACCAGAUAGGAAAGAAGUCAGAGCCACACUACCAUGAGGCAAUGGAUAUGGCUGCUAUUUCUUUUUUGUGUUGCUUGGAUGCUGAAGAGAGAGAAAGAGAUCAACUGCAGACAACAAUAUUUCUGAUGACGAAAGCUUGAGUUUCUUAUAAUUUGGUAUUAUUUUGAAAUGGUUUAUCCUUUGUUGUAGGAAAUGGUUUUUGUUUAUGUUUUUUGGCUCUUGCUGCAGAUACUUUAUUAGUGAUUUUUUUUUACACGAUUGGAAUUUCAUGUAGUAAUAAAAUUGAGCAUGCAACCCACUUAUUUGCAGCUCGAGCUGUUUCA